CCUUGCAAGGUUCGGCACACUCAGCUGCUGAGUGCCUUUAACUUUUGGCUCAUGGGUACCUGACGUUUCUGCCCCUGGGCCCAGGAUGAGGAGGAGCUUAGCUCCUAGCCAGCUAGCCAAGAGAAAACCAGAAAGCAGGUCUUCUGAUGACGACGAUUGGCAUCCUGGGGCAGUGACGCCUAAGAAACGGAAAUCCAGCAGUGAGGCCCAGAACCAGGAGUGUUUGCCAUCUUCUUUCCGGAAACCUUUGACUCAACUAACAAAUCAACCACCCUGUUUGGACAGCAGUCAACAUGAAGCAUUUAUUCGGAGCAUUUUGUCAAAGCCUUUCAAAAUCCCCAUUCCAAAUUAUCAAGGUCCUCUGGGCUUUCGGGCAUUGGGCCUCAAAAGAGCCGGAAUUCGCCGAGCCCUCCAUGAUCCCCUGGAAGAAGGUGCCUUGGUACUGUAUGAGCCUCCUCCACUGAGUGCUCAUGACCAACUGAAACUUGACAAGGAAAAACUCCCUGUCCAUGUGGUUGUUGAUCCUAUUCUCAGUAAGGUCUUGCGACCUCAUCAGAGAGAGGGAGUGAAGUUCCUGUGGGAGUGCGUCACCAGUCGGCGCAUCCCUGGCAGUCAUGGCUGCAUCAUGGCUGAUGAGAUGGGCCUGGGCAAGACAUUGCAGUGCAUCACACUGAUGUGGACACUUUUGCGCCAGAGUCCAGAGUGCAAGCCAGAAAUUGACAAGGCAGUGGUGGUAUCGCCCUCCAGCCUAGUGAAGAACUGGUACAAUGAAGUUGCAAAAUGGCUUGGAGGGAGGAUUCAACCUCUGGCCAUUGAUGGAGGCUCUAAGGAUGAGAUAGACCAAAAGCUGGAAGGAUUCAUGAACCAGCGUGGAGCCAGAGUACCUUCUCCCAUCCUCAUCAUUUCCUAUGAGACACUUCGCCUUCAUGUUGCAGUUCUCCAGAAAGGGAGCGUCGGCCUAGUCAUAUGUGAUGAGGGACACAGGCUCAAGAACUCUGAGAAUCAGACUUACCAGGCCCUGGACAGCUUGAACACCAGUCGGCGUGUGCUUAUCUCUGGGACCCCCAUCCAGAAUGAUCUCCUUGAGUAUUUCAGCUUGGUACAUUUUGUUAAUUCAGGCAUCCUGGGAACUGCCCAUGAGUUCAAGAAACAUUUUGAGUUGCCGAUUUUGAAGGGUAGAGAUGCAGCUGCCAGUGAGGCAGACAGGCAGCUCGGAGAGGAGCGACUACGGGAACUCAUCAGCAUUGUGAACAGGUGCCUGAUACGGAGGACAUCUGAUAUCCUUUCUAAAUAUCUACCUGUGAAGAUCGAGCAGGUGGUUUGUUGUAGGCUGACACUCCUUCAGAUUGAAUUGUACAAGAGGUUUCUGAGACAGGCCAAGCCAGCAGAAGAGCUGCGUGAGGGCAAAAUGAGUGUGUCUUCCCUUUCUUCCAUCACCUCACUUAAGAAGCUUUGUAAUCAUCCAGCUCUCAUCUAUGACAAGUGUGUAGAGGAAGAGGGUGGCUUUGAAGGUGCCUUGGACAUAUUUCCCCCGGGUUAUAGCUCUAAAGCUAUAGAGCCCCAGCUGUCAGGUAAGAUGCUGGUCCUUGAUUACAUUCUGGCGGUGACCCGAAGCCACAGCAGUGACAAAGUAGUACUGGUGUCCAAUUAUACCCAGACGUUGGACCUCUUUGAGAAGCUCUGUCGGGUUCGAAGGUACUUGUAUGUUCGCUUGGAUGGCACGAUGUCCAUUAAGAAACGAGCCAAGGUUGUGGAGCGCUUCAAUGAUCCAAUGAGCCCCGACUUUGUCUUCAUGCUGAGCAGCAAAGCUGGAGGCUGUGGCCUCAAUCUCAUUGGAGCUAACCGACUGGUCAUGUUUGACCCUGACUGGAAUCCAGCCAAUGAUGAACAAGCUAUGGCCCGAGUCUGGCGUGAUGGUCAGAAGAAGACCUGCUAUAUCUAUCGUCUACUAUCUGCAGGAACCAUUGAAGAGAAGAUCUUUCAGCGUCAGAGCCACAAGAAGGCACUAAGCAGCUGUGUGGUGGAUGAGGAACAGGAUGUGGAGCGGCACUUCUCUCUGGGAGAACUGAAGGAGCUGUUUACCCUGGAUGAGGCCAGCCUCAGUGACACACAUGAUAGGUUGCACUGCCGUCGCUGUAUCAACAACCGCCAGGUUUGGCCCCCCCCAGAUGGUUCUGACUGCACCUCAGACCUGGCUCAGUGGAACCAUAGCACUGAUAAACAGGGGCUCAAGGAUGAGGUACUCAAGGCUGCCUGGAAUGCUGCCUCUACUGCCAUCACCUUCGUCUUCCACCAGCGUUCCCAUGAGGAUCAGCGGGACGUCCACUGAUAACCAGCUGAGCUGGGUGUAGCUGUUAGAGGAAGGGACAGGGAAAGUGGGUCUCUGCCCCCAUAAGGUCUUUGGUAAAUUUUGUUCUCUGGGAGAAAAAUCAAAGAGGG